AUCAGCAGUUUAUUGGGAAACAAAAAGAGAAGUUUUCGAAGUCCUAAUAAUUGAAGUUCCUCGUGUUGGGCAUGGAAGUCACAUGUUACACGAGAAGAAAUAUUGAAAGCAAAUGAACAAUGAAUCAAUCAGAAUCAGCGCCAGUUUUUCAAUUCAAUCGCUUUCUUCGCUCGGAGCAGAGGCAUCCAGGAAAGGCUUUGAAGCUUCUUCUUCUGAAAUUCAUUAGAAAAUAAUGGAAGUCAAAGCCAGAGCUCCUGGGAAAAUCAUACUCUCCGGUGAACACGCCGUCGUCCAUGGAUCUACCGCCGUUGCCGCUUCCGUGGAUCUCUACACUUCAGUAUCCGUUCGAUUGCCAAGUUCUUCUGACAAGGAUGAUACUGUGAAACUCCAACUGAAGGACCUGGCACUUGAGUUUUCAUGGCCAAUUAGUAGAAUUAAGGAAGCUUUGGGUGAAUAUGUCGGUCCUGUCUCGACUCCCGCGUCGUGCUCUGCAGAGUGUUUGAAAUCAAUUGCAUCUCUGGUUGAGGAUCAAAACAUUCCCGAGGCAAAAAUUGGACUUGCCUCUGGAGUGUCUGCAUUUCUUUGGCUUUAUUCUUCAAUCCGAGGAUUUGUGCCCGGUAACGUGGUGAUCUCUUCUGAGCUUCCUCUUGGAUCUGGCUUGGGGUCAUCGGCUGCAUUUUGUGUCGCAGUUUCAGCCGCCCUGCUUCCCUUAUCAGGUUCUGUCAAUGUCGAUCGGGAGCACCGGGGAUGGAAGGUAUAUGAACAAGAUGAACUUGAGUUGUUGAACAAAUGGGCCUUUGAGGGUGAAAAGAUAAUCCAUGGAAAACCCUCUGGAAUUGACAAUACAGUGAGCACAUAUGGCAGCAUGAUCAAGUUCAGGUCAGGCAGUUUGACCCUCAUCAAAUCAAACAUGCCAUUGAAAAUGCUUAUAACAAACACUAAAGUUGGAAGAAACACAAAGGCUUUAGUUGCAGGUGUUUCAGAAAGGACCAUUAGACAUCCCGAUGCAAUGAGCUCAGUGUUUAACGCUGUCGAUUCUAUCAGCAAGGAGUUAUCUAUCCUUAUUCAGUCACCUGUUCAUGAUGACUUGUCCCUAAUUGAGAAGGAAGAGAAGCUAGCGGAGUUGAUGGAAAUGAAUCAAGGUUUACUCCAGUGUAUGGGGGUAAGCCAUGCAUCUAUCGAAACUGUCCUCCGAACGACGUUGAAGUACAAACUAGUUUCCAAAUUGACAGGAGCUGGAGGAGGUGGCUGUGUUCUUACGCUGUUGCCUAACUUACUUUCAGGAACAGUUGUUGAUAAUGUAAUUGCAGAGCUCGAGUCCUGUGGAUUCGAAUGCUUCAUUGCUGGGAUUGGAGGGAAAGGAGUCGAGAUCUUGUUUGGUGAUUCAUCUUGAAUUCCCAAGCUGUUUUUUGAAUGAAAUAAACUCUUUUCUUGUUCUUUUCUUGAAUCUAGUUAGCUCGUUACUUCUUGCAUAUUACUUGAAGAACAUUUCUCGAAAUCAUCGGUAUGUCUACUUCACAUGCCCGACCCCCAAUAAGAGAGAGAGAAAAUAAAUUUUGUUCUUCCAGUUUGUUAGUUCAUCAACCAGGAACUGAUUCUUAGAUACAUCUUUGUUCUUUGAAUGGAACUGAUUCUUAGAUACAUCUGAAGAUGUGUUAGUUUCUCUUUUUCCUUUCUGUUA